AACAAUACAAUUCUGCUUAGGGCACCCAUUUGGCCAGCAGCGGCCCUGGGUGUAACGGUUCGAUACUAUAGUGAUGUCACGGUUCGGUAGGUUUUUGAUAUGGAGGGCGGGGCAAUUGGUUACGUCGCAAUGUUGGAAAUAUUUCUGUUUUAAACCAUGAAGUGAGCCAAUGGAUAUCACACUAGCACGCGUUUGCAACAAACCUUGCAGCAAGAUUUAUGCCGGUGAACGUCUUAAUCUCAGUCAAUUCAUAAGCAGAAAGUGAAAGUAAAAACGGAAUGACGGAGCUUUCAGUAUCUGACACCGAGAGAGACGAAUCUACUUCAACAUGCUGAUAACGGUAGCCUAUUGUCACAGAUCCGUCUGGCAUUCCUCACCACGUCUUCACUGAGCACCCUCACCGGAGUCCUAAUUACCUGCACCUGCUCCUAAUCACCACAACCACUUAGCCACAGGAUAAAAGCACACUCCACUGUUCACUCAGGGUCCGAUCUCGUAUGUAAUCACUACGUGGACUCAACUUCCAAGACCUACUCGCUGAGUAUUUUCCUUUCAAAAGUUACUUACCGUUUAUGCCUUACCUCCUGUCUCUGCUCCUUGUGUCCUCCUCUCCUCCCAGAUCGUCUGUCUCCAAGUUCUGUGUGCAUCCUGUGGAUUCUCUCAUCUCGUCCUCCCUGCAAGUCUGUGGAAUUCAGUUUCAUCACUCUCAUUCUCACAUAUCACCUCGGAUCUCACCCUCUCACCUUAAGUCUCAAGAUCAAUCUGCGUUUACUACUACCUGUUAAAUAAACUCUCUUUUCAUCACUCACCUCUGUGUCCAGCUAUAUAUGUUACAGAAGAUCGGACCGCUUACCGAUGAUGAAACUGGAGUUGGCCUCCAUUAACGUGUGCCCCAGGAAGGAGGACAAUGUUUCUGGAGGUAGUACUGUGUUUGUUUUUCAGAACGGCAGAAGUAUUGAGGAAUAUGUGGAAGAAUUUAUUGAAACCAAGCCAUCUGCAGCGACCUCACUUUAAUGGAAGGUUUCCGAGUUGGGCUAGAAGAGGACGUCAAAAUGGUAAUGCCACUCGGUGAUCCCCCAAGUGUCCGCGCUUCCCAAGCGCCCCCAAGUGUUCGCGCUUCCAGAGCAACCCCAAGAAUCUCUGCUGGUUCCGUCCAGCUCCGUGCUUCCCGAGCGCCCCCAAGUGUCCGUGCUUCCAGAGCGCCCCCAAGAGUCUCUGCUGGUUCCGUCCAGCUCCGCGCUGCUCGAGCGCCCCCAAGAGUCCGCGUCUCCAGAACGCCCACCAGGGUCCGCGUCUCCAGAACGCCCACCAGGGUCCGCGUCUCCAGAACGCCCACCAGGGUCCUUCCAAAGACUGAAGGUCCCAAUGGCUCCUCAUUCAUGGCCUCUUGGAAGGUCGAGGCCGCCCGAGUUCACGGAUCUGUCAAGGCCUCCCAAGCUCCCUGCUCCGCCAUGGCUCCCCGAACCUCCCGAGCCACCGGCUCCGCCAUGGCCUCCCAAGCUCCCUGCUCCGCCAUGGCCGCCCGAGUCCCCGGAUCCGCCAUGGCCUCCCAAGCUCCCUGCUCCACCAUGGCCACCCAAGUCCACGGAUCUGCCAUGGCCUCCCAAGCUCCCUGACCCGCCAUGGCCUCCCAGAGUCUUCUGUUCCGCCCUGGAUGCCUCCCCUUUAUUCCCUGUCCUGCUCCGGCUUCCAGGGCGCCCGCCCCCCCUCCCCAGUGGUAUUGUUACGGCGUGGGACGCGCUUUCCGGGAGGGGGAGGUACUGUCACGGAUCUGUCUGGCAUUCCUCACCACGUCUUCACUGAGCACCCUCACCGGAGUCCUAAUCACCUGCACCUGCUCCUAAUCACCACAACCACUUAGCCACAGGAUAAAAGCACACGCCACUGUUCACUCGGGGUCCGAUCUCAUAUGUAAACACUACGUGGACUCCACUUCCAAGACCUACUCGCUGAGUAUUCUCCUUUCAAAAGUUACUUACCGUUUAUGCCUUACCUCCUGUCUCUGCUCCUUGUGUCCUCCUCUCCUCCCAGAUCGUCUGUCUCCAAGUUCCGUGUGCAUCCUGUGGAUUCCCUCGUCUCGUCCUCCCCGCAAGUCUGUGGAAUUCAGUUUCAUCGCUCUCAUUCUCGCAUAUCAUCGGUGUUCACCUCGGAUCUCACCCUCUCACCUUAAGUCUCAAGAUCAAUCUGCGUUUACUACUA